UGUCAGGAAGAAAGCAGUCAGUCAAAUUUUUGAACUGGGAAAAAUGUCGUCAAUAGUACCGGUAACAGAAACGGACGAACGGAGCCCCCUUCUUCAAAAUUCAUCUCACUACGCCGGCGAGAUAACUCCGUUUACUUCACCGUCACCGGACGAUCAAGAUCUCCCUUCAUCUUCAACCAGACCUACCAACUCCACCGAUCCUAAGCAACGCCUCGUUUCUCUCGACGUUUUCCGUGGUCUCACCGUCGCCUUGAUGAUUUUGGUUGAUGAUGCUGGAGGAGCUUUUCCUUCUAUAAAUCAUUCUCCGUGGUUUGGUGUUACCCUCGCCGAUUUCGCUAUGCCGUUUUUCCUGUUUAUUGUUGGUGUAUCUGUGAGUCUUGUAUUCAAGAAAGUUUCUAGCAAACCAGCAGCCACGAAGAAAGUUGUAGUUAGAACUAUCAAGCUGUUUCUCCUGGGUUUGGUUCUGCAAGGUGGAUACUUCCAUGGACGUGAUGAUUUAACUUAUGGAGUUGAUAUCAACCAAAUACGGUGGAUGGGUGUGCUUCAGAGGAUUGCAAUUGGAUACCUGUUGGCAUCAAUAACUGAGAUCUGGUGUGUUAACAAUAAUGAAGUCAAUUCAGCCAUAGCAUUUGGAAAGAAAUACUACAUUCAAUGGGUGGUGGUUUUCUUACUAGGCAUAUUAUACAUGGCUUUAUUGUAUGGUCUUUAUGUCCCAGACUGGACAUUCGAAGUUGUGAAUGAAAGUUCUUCGUUAUCAGUACUGAAUUAUGGAACAGAGACUCAAACUGUACACUGUGGAGUCAGGGGUAGUCUAGAACCUCCCUGCAAUGCAGUUGGCCUGAUUGACCGGUUUAUCCUCGGUGAAAGUCAUCUAUAUCAACGUCCUGUGUACAAGAGAACCGAGGAAUGCAGUAUUAAUUCUCCUGAUUAUGGACCCCUACCACCAAACGCCCCUUCUUGGUGUCUUGCUCCAUUUGAUCCAGAAGGACUGUUAAGUUCAUUAAUGGCUGCAAUCACAUGUUUUUUGGGGUUGCAAUAUGGACAUAUUAUGGUGCAUUAUAAGGGUCAUAUGCAGAGGAUUAUUAUAUGGUUGGUUUGUUCCUCCUCACUGCUUGUCUUGGGUUAUGUUUUUACAGUCAUAGGUGUCCCUUUAUCCAAACCAUUAUACACAUUGAGCUACAUGUGCAUCACAACAGGAGCUUCAGGCAUUCUCUUGAUAGCUAUUUAUUACACAGCUGAUGUCAUCAAUAUCCGAAAACCUAUGAUAUUGUUUCAGUGGAUGGGAUUGAAUGCUCUAAUUGUUUAUGCUCUAGCUGCUUGUGACAUUUUUCCAGCAGCUUUACAAGGCGUCUAUUGGCGUUCCCCUGAAAACAACCUGAUUACAGCUACAGAGUUGUUGUUUGAGACCGUUCUUCAUUCUGAGAAGUGGGGUAAGUUGGCAUUUGUUCUGUUGGAAAUUCUAUUUUGGGGUCUUGUUGCAGGAUUCCUACAUAUAAAAGGGAUAUACAUAAAACUGUAAAGUUUGUCCAAUUCCUUCCAUGUAAUUACCAACCUUUGAGUGAUAUAAAAGGACAUAGCUAUGGUUUUGUUAGUAACACAUUUUCUUGUUUUAUGCACUCCUUGCAUCUAUCUACCUCACAACACAAGGUCUACCCAAUAUUGAGUUUCCUAUA